UCCCGAAGACCCGAGUGCACUUCCGUUGCCGCCGCCCGCCGGGCGAUUUUUAGGUCCUCGCUUUCCCCACGCGUGUGGCGUGUUCCGCUCGCGCCCGCCCGGCCUCCCACCCUCUCCAGCGCCGCCGCCUCCUCUUCCCGGCCGAAGGAGCACCGCCCCAGCCGAUCUUCUCUCCCCCACGCCCCAUCAGGCCGUUUCUGGCUGCUCUUGGGCCUCCCUCGCCCUCCCUGACGGCCCCGAGCUCGCCCUCCAUCUCCGCCCCAGCUCGCGCCAUCUCGGUGCCUCGAGCUCGUCGUCCGCGCUUCUGUGGCCACUGCCGGGAAGCAUGAGGAGGAGGCCUGGGAUCGCUGGCUUGCAGAAUGCGGCGGCUACUCGUGACCAAUUCCGGCUGGUCGGGGAGAAUGUGGCCAAGGUGAGGACCGAUGUCAUGAAGGAGCAGCUUGCGACGUUCCGGUCACAGCUCGAGGAAUUCGCUCGCAAGCAUAAGAGUGACAUCCGUAAAAACCCAGUAUUCAGACAGCAGUUCCAUGAGAUGUGCGCAAAAGUCGGAGUAGAUCCAUUGGCAUCUAAUAAAGGAGUCUGGGCAGAACUUCUAGGGAUUGGUGACUUCUACUAUGAACUUGGGGUUCAGAUAGUUGACAUAUGCAUUGCUACCAGAUCACAUAAUGGUGGCUUGAUUGACUUACUAGAUCUCCGCAAACUGCUCGGUCAGAAGAGGAAAGCUACUCUUGAAUCAUUAUCUGAAGAUGACUGUUUGCGUGCUAUAAGCAAGCUAAAAGUCCUUGGUAGUGGUUUUGAAGUAAUUUCUGUUGGGAGGAGAAAGCUUGUGCGUUCAGUUCCUACCGAAUUAAAUAAAGACCACAGUGGGAUACUUGGGCUAGCUCAGGCUGAUGGCUAUGUCACGGUGGAACAAGUUGAAAAGGAAUUCUCAUGGUCUACUGGGCGUGCGAUUGAUGCUCUUGAAACUUUGCUCAAGGAGGGGCUUGCUAUGAUCGACGAUGGCCACAGGGAUGGCAAGCGAAGAUAUUGGUUCCCAUGCGUCACUGUCAGCUCCGACACAGCAGCUGUUGAAGUCAAGUCAUAACCUGUAAGUAAAAUGUCGAUUCCACAGUGUGUUCACGUCCCCAUUCCAUGAGGAUGAGGUGGAAACCAGUGGCACGGAUGUGUGUAAUGAUUGGUAUGUUAAGAAUUCAGUUGGAACAUCACACUUUGAAUAUGAAAGGUGGCAUGAUUCUUAUUUAGGGGCAGUUCGUUUCUUCCGGAACGGAUGCAUGGAUGGAACAAUUUCUAGCUGGUUUGUUUCUCUAAUUUGUAUAAGUUUUGAUCAGCUGGAAUGAUUCCUGGUCCAUUCCUAGACAAACGAACAAGGCCUUAGAAUUCAGGUUUCUUUUUUUUUGUACAAUAUUUAGAGUUAAUAUAAUUCUGGCCUUCUGGCUGGC